UGGGCGUGGGGCGAGGCGGGGCCGGGCCAGCUCCGCUCCUCAUAGCGGCCUCGGGCAGCCCUGGGCCGGCUCCGGCCGACGGACGGACCGACAGACAGACACCGGCACCAUGGCCAUCCCCCUCGUGGAGCUCAGCAACAAGAUGAAGAUACCCGCCCUGGGGCUGGGCACUUGGCAGGCUCCCCCGGGAAAGGUGGAGGAGGUGGUGAAAUUUGCUAUUGGUGCAGGCUACCGCCACUUCGACUGCGCCUAUUUCUACCAGAAUGAAAAUGAAAUAGGGAAUGCAAUCCAGCAGAAGAUCAAGGAGGGAGUUGUGAAACGGGAAGACCUCUUCAUUGUCACUAAGCUGUGGAACACAUUCCACGAGAAGUCCCUGGUUAAGGUAGGAUGCAAGAAGAGCCUUGCUGCACUGCAACUGGACUACCUCGACCUCUACCUGAUGCACUUCCCAAUGGGAUUCAAGGCUGGUGAAGAGCUGCAUCCCGUGGAUGACAAGGGUCACAGUAUUCCCAGUGACACAGAUUUUCUGGACACAUGGGAGGCCAUGGAGGAGCUGGUGGAUGCUGGCCUGGUCAAAGCCAUUGGUGUCUCCAACUUUAACCACGAGCAGAUUGAAAGAAUCUUGAACAAGCCAGGACUGAAGCACAAGCCUGUAAUGGUCCAGGUGGAAUGUCAUCCAUACCUGACCCAGGAAAAGCUGGUCAAGUACUGUAAAUCCAAAGGGCUUGCUGUGACUGCAUACAGUCCCCUGGGCUCUCCAAACCGCCCGUGGGCUAAGCCAGGGGAACCCACGCUGCUGGAUGAUCCCAAGAUUAAGGACAUUGCAGUGAGACACCAUAAAAGCCCUGCCCAGGUCCUGAUCCGCUUUCUGAUCCAAAGAGACAUCAUUGUCAUUCCCAAGUCUGACAAACCACACCGUGUUGAGGAAAACAUGAAGGUGUUCGAUUUUGAACUGUCUAAAAAGGAGAUGGAUGUCAUCCUCACCUUUAACAGGAACUGGAGGGCAGUUCCAGUGCUCCCAGCUGUCAAUCACAAGGACUACCCAUUCAAAGCGGAGUAUUAAAUGCAAGAGGUUUCUGCAAGACCUCCCUCCAUUUAACUCCUCCCAGGCCAGAAGAUGUACUCUGCAGCUUGAUCUUCAUUUCUUCUUCUGUGCUUGAUAAUCGUUAUGAGCAGUUACUUUUCCUCCUUUUUUUUAAGAAGGAAACCACUAAGAAUGCUGUAAGAAUGCAGCAAUAAGGGUGGGGUUUUUGUAAAGAUACUUAGCAGAAAUCUGGUUUUGAUGAGUAGUAAAAAGACAAUGUCUUUUCAUUUCCUUUUUAUCUGGUCUUCCUUAAUUAGAGACAUGUUUAACAAAAAACUACUUACAUGGAGUUUUUUAUAUGUUCCUUCCAGUGUGAUCAGUCAUACUGGCUCAUGAAUCACUGUCAAAGAAUGCUCUAAUUACAUUGCCUUUUCUAUAUUUGUGAUUUUUAUAGAGUGUAUUUCUAAUGCUUUAAUAUCUUAUAUGAAUAAAGUUUUAUUAGCAACAGAA